AUGGAGCAAUUACUUCCGAGGGAUCCUCUGGGCAUCUUGCCCGAGGUGGAUGAAGAUGAGAAGGCGACACAGCAGGACGGAGCCUUGUCCACAGCAGCCUUGAUCACGAUUUCCACUGUGGUGGCCUCCACACUCACCCUUGUGAUCUUGGUGGUCGUGAUGAAGAAGCGCAGAACCAAGAAGGCAGUCAAAGCGCUUGCUAUGCUGGCUGCCCGGGAAUCAUUAGAGCUGGGCAUCGCCACGGAGUACUUGUUGGAGACAUUCCCACGAGAGGCUCAAACUGCAUCAGGAGCGUCGAACCCAAACUUCUAUGAGCUGUGCGAGUUCGUGGCCAUCGGCCCCAGUGGCAAGGGCUUUGGCAAAAUCUGCCCACGUGAUGGCAAGGUGAACUGCAGCAUUGUGGAUGCCUUGGAAACGCCCAGGCGAGGGAAAGCUACUCACUUCGUCUCCUGGUGUUGGGCGUAUUCUUUGGACGAUGUGGUGGACGCCAUCCGAAGCUGGACGCAGUCCUCCAACGCUCCUCCGUCGACCCACAUCUGUUUGUGGAUGUGUUUCUUCUGCAACAAUCAGUACAGGAUCCUGGAGGAGCGCAGCGCCACGGGCUCCGCGGAAUUGCAAACCGUCUUCGAGGCCCACCUCGCCGCUGCAGGUCAGAUGGUAGUCAUCCUGGACUCGUUCCUGCAGCCCCACUACUACUCGCGAGCCUGGUGUUUGUUUGAGACCUAUGUGUGCAUCCAGCAAGGAUACCCACGCAGAAUCUUGUUGCCGAGUCGGGAACUCGAGGCUUUCAAGGAGACCAUCGAGACGAGCGGACCAGCCCCGAUACGACAAAGGAUUCAAGGCAUCGAUCUACGAAGAGCGGAGGCUUCAGUCAAGGCCGACGACGACGUCAUCAAGAGCAUGAUCUCCAACACCUGCGGCUUCGACACGGUUAACCAGGUCGUACGAAGAGAGAUCUUGAAGUGGGUCUUGUAUGCGUUCGAGCAGUACUUGAGCGAACCCCAAGCUGGCUGA